AUGUCGUGGUCAUCCCGAAUGUCUCUUAAUCGCCCCUAUAAAUCACUACUGGCUGUCUUUGUAUUCUGGAAAACUCUUUUACUUCUCCUGGCUGUCUUCAGCCCUGGUCCUGGCUACGACACUUCAACCACGCUUCGGUUGGACCGUAAUGCAACCAAUGCAGUCAGCGAUGGUCCAUUUACAGCGAGCUUGCACCUGGUUUCCACCAAGCUGACCAGGUGGGACGCUAUAUAUUUUACCGAGGUCGCAACCCGGGGCUAUAUCUUCGAGCAAGAAUGGGCAUUCGGUUAUGGCUUCACCAAGCUCAUCAAUUUCUUUGCCAAUGCUCUCCAAAAGACAGGCGCUGUAGACUACGCUUUUAGGGAGCACGUCGCUGGUAUUAUCAUAGCUCAUGCAGCUCAUGGCCUGUCGGUGCUAGUUCUCUAUUGUCUGGGGUGUGCCAUAUUUUCCGGAAGAAAGGGUCGCAUGCUCGCGUUCAUCGCAGCGUGUUUACAUAUAUUCUCACCUGCUGGACUUUUCCUUUCGGCUCCGUACGGGGAGAGUACCUACGCUCUCUUGAGCUUCACUGGCUACUUUCUCUUCGUUCAGAGCUUCAGCCCGUCGGGGGUUUCCACGGGUCACAAAGAUGCUCUUAUUCCGCUAGCUGGUAUCCUGUGCGGAUUAGCUACGACAGUUCGCAGCAAUGGGAUCCUCAACGGCCUUCUGUUCCUCGAGGAAGCAAUCAGAGUGCUCUAUUCCCUGACCGGGAGUAUAACCUUUGCGAAAUCUCGCCGGCUACUCGCCGUUGGCGUAGCCGGUAUCUGCAUCGCUCUUGGUUUUGUGAUUCCGCAAUACAUCGCUUACCGGGAUUUCUGCAUCAAUUACCCCCAUACGCACGAUGAAGAACCAAGGAUAUGGUGUCGUAAGACUCUGCCAAGUAUCUACAGCUUCGUCCAGGACCAUUAUUGGAACAAUGGUUUUCUUCGGUACUGGACUGUGUCCAAUAUCCCCCUGUUCGCCUUGGCCAGUCCAAUGCUGGCCAUCAUGACGUAUUCUGCCUUUUGGACUCUCAACGUCGAGUCAGGCAGACUGACAGGAGCAGGCCACCUGUUGCGUAGCCUGGCGGCUCCCCAGCUCAUUCUGGCCGCCUUGACAUUCGCAAAACAUCAUGUUCAGAUCAUUACCCGCAUGUCUUCGGGUUAUCCCGUGUGGUAUUUCUGGAUCGCGGAUCUCCUCAUGAAGGAAUACUCCUCGGUCCGUCUGAAGGGGGCUGGAAGUCAGAAGCAGCGUUCGUACGCAGGCAUGGCAAUCACCUAUAUGAUUUCUUAUGCAGCUGUUCAGGGGGUCCUUUUUGCUUCUUUCUUACCGCCGGCAUGA